CAUGUUGCUGUCUGUCAAAGCGACAGCACUCUGACUCUGAACUUCAGAGGACGAUGGCGAAAGCCGAGGUUUGGCUGUGUGCUUCUGCAGUAUUGCUCACUACGGUUUGCUGGGGGUUUACCGAUCACAUUGCCUCCCCUGUGGCUGGGGUCCUAUUUAUCCACAUGUUGAAAAGGAUGGACUUCCAAAAUGGCCUCAUCUCCUUCCAGAGCAACAUAAUUUCCGACACCAACGAUUGUCUCAGCUUUGCCACCAAUCUGAAAGGACACCCUGACCGGCCUGAGUGGCUUCGUUACACACAGAGAACCGUACAUCAUGAUGGAAUACUCUAUGGCACACCCACGUUGAACGAUAUUGGAAGGACUGUAAUUGAGGUAACUGCUUACAACAGAGACACGUUCGAAACUAUGAGACAAAUGCUCAUCUUUAACGUCAAACCGCCAAUGGAGCUUCAGCUGCUGUACGAGGCUGAGUUCUUUGUGAAAAACAGGAAUGUGGAGGAAGUUCUGCCCCUCCAAGAGCAGGAAUAUAUCAGGAGCAGCAUGGGGAAGAUCUGGGAAACUGAUCGUUUGGUCAUUAUUAACAUCACUUCAGCACUAGAUGUUGGAGGACGGGUUCCGCUGCCCAUCAAAGGAAGGAAAGAGGGGGUUUACAUAAAAGUGGGAUCUGCUGUUCCCUUUCCCGAUUGUCUGAAGGAGGAAACGGACCCUGACAAGCUGUGUGACGAGAAUCUGGACCCCACGAGCUGUGAGGAUUACUUCAGUCCUCACUUCAUUCUUGACUGGUGCAAAAUUGUAUUGUUUGAUAAAAGCAAACCCGAACAGCCUGACACUGACGUGAUUCCUGGUGAUGGAGUCCUAGAGGGCGGAGAGUAUGAACCACCUUCCAGCUCCCUGGAAGGACGAGACUUAUAUUCAGACUAUGCGGUGACAAUCGCUGUCCCCUUAGCUAUUGCUGUGCUUCUGUUUCUACUUCUCGCCUACAUAAUGUAUUGCCGUCGAGAGGGACUAGAAAGAAGAGACACCAAGACAUCAGACAUCCAACUUGUUCAUCAUCACUCAAUUCAAGGCAACACCAAUGAACUCAGGCAAAUGGCCAAAGCCCGUGAUGUGCCACAGCCUCUCUCCACUCUGCCGAUGUUCAACGUCAGAACUGGACAAAGAGUUCCCCCACUUUCCUCCUGUGACUUCGAUAGUUCCCGAGUGCCUCUUAUCCAGACUCAGCAAUGAGUUUCUCUGUUUCUCGCCAUAGCAGAAAUAUGGGAUCCAGUACCGGCUUUAACACAGGACCCCAGAGCCCGGGGACGUCUUUCCAACAUGAAGGGUGCAGUACAAGUGUAACUUGUUGUUGUCAUUGUUGUUCUUUGACACGCAGUACUGCCCCGUUAUAAUCCGAUUGUUGGGGAGACGUGAGUUCUGUAUAAUUCCCAAGUCACCCUAUAAAGAGGCCGUAAUUGUUGAUGUUAUUACCAAUCAGCACUUCUGCACUGAUUUCAGCUCAAACGCAAAGUACAGGAAGUCAUGUCAGCUGCAACCUGGUGACCUGGAAAUCGGCCAUUCUUUCAUAAUAAUAUGACAAUCAUAACAAUAAUAGCAUUUGAUAUCGCUCCUUAUGUCUUUAA